CAUAGGGCCCGGCCUCACCCCGAUUCCAACAUGGCGGCGCCGCGGCCGGUCCCGGUUCCGCUCCCGUUGGAGCCGCCUCAGGUCCCCGCCAUGUUGGUUCAGGGCAGCAAGUUCAUCCGGUGGGAAGAGGACCCCCCCACCCGCACCCUGGUGACGCUCCGUGUGGACGAGGACGGAUUUUACCUCUAUUGGAACGGCCCCAAUAUGGACGUGGAGCUGUUGGACGUUUGUAUGAUCAGAGACACCAGGACGGGGAAAUACGCGGCACUGCCCAGGGACCCCCGUACCCGUGGCGCUCUGGGUCUGACCCCGCUGCCCCCCCCGUCCCGGUUGCUGUCGGUCGUUCACGGCCCCGACCUCGUCAACGUCAACUUCCUCAACUUCGAGGCCGUGCAGGACGGGGUGGCACCGGUAAAUGGGGGGGUCUAUGGGGGGCUUCAAUAG